UGUCCCGGUUCCUGUCCCGGUUCCCAGCUCGGUUCCCAGCCCGGUUCCUGUCCCGGUUCCCAGCUCGGUUCCCAGCCCGGUUCCUGUCCCGGUUCCCAGCCCGGUUCCCAGCCCGGUUCCCAGCUCGGUUCCCAUCCCGGUUCCUGUCCCGGUUCCCAGCCCGGUUCCUGUCCCGGUUCCCAGCUCGGUUCCCAGCCCGGUUCCUGUCCCGGUUCACAGCUCGGUUCCCAGCCCGGUUCCUGUCCCGGUUCCCAGCUCGGUUCCCAGCCCGGUUCCUGUCCCAGUUCCCAGCCCGGUUCCCAGCCCGGUUCCCAUCCCGGUUCCCGGCCCGGUUCCCAGCCCGGUUCCCAUGCUGGCGUGGCCCCACCAUGGAGCUCGGCGGCGGAGGGGACGCGGUGCCCUGCGGGAAGGACAAAUUCAUCUCCAGGAAUGAGCUGCUCCUGCACCUCAAGACCUACAACAUCUACUAUGAGGGGCAGAACCUGCAGCUGCGGCACCGGGAGGAGGAAGGGGAGCUGAUCGUGGAGGGGCUGCUGAACAUCUCGUGGGGGCUGCGCCGCCCCAUCCGCCUGCAGAUGCAGGACGACAACCAGCGCAUCCGCCCGCCGCCCUCCUCCUCCUCCUGGCACUCGGGCUGCAACCUGGGCGCCCACGGGUCCGUGCUGAAGCCCAGCACCCUGCCAGACAUUACGGUGACACACGGGGACACCGGCACCGGGGACACCGGCACCGGGAAUCCCGGGAAUGGCGCAGCCCCCAGGCCGGCGGAGGAGGCCCCGCAGCUGAUGCGGACCCGCAGCGACGUCGGCGUCCGGCACCGCGGCAGCGCCCGCACGCCCGGCGAGCAGCGGCGGCUGCGCCGGCACCGCUUCUCCAUCAACGGCCACUUCUACAACCACAAGACCUCGGUGUUCACGCCCGCCUACGGCUCCGUCACCAACGUGCGCAUCAACAGCACCAUGACCACGCCCCAGGUGCUCAAACUGCUGCUCAAUAAAUUCAAGAUUGAGAACUCUGCAGAGGAGUUUGCUCUGUACAUGGUGCACACGAGCGGAGAGAAGCAGAAGCUGCGUGGCAGCGACUUCCCGCUGCUGGCCCGAUUGCUGCAGGGCCCCUGCGAGCAGGUGUCCAAGGUGUUCCUCAUGGAGAAGGACCAGGUGGAAGAGGUCACCUACGAUGUUGCCCAGUACAUCAAGUUUGAGAUGCCCAUCCUCAGGAGCUUCAUCCAGAAGCUGGAGGAGGAGGAGGACCGGGAAGUGAAGAAGCUGAAGCACAGAUACUCCAUCCUGCGGCUGAUGAUCGAGCAGAGGCUGGAGGAGAUUUCCGAGGGCCCCACGGCCAUGUGAGCGUCCCUGGGAUGUGCUGCGCCAAAUCCCGAGCCCGAAACGCUCCCGGUGUCCACCUGGGCGGCUCCAGCCCCGAGCUACCCCAUCCCACACCUUCAUCCCCGUGCAAUCCUUCGGGGGGCUCCUCCCAGGAAGGCUCUGGCUGGCAGCAGCUUCAGCCAAAACCUCAAAUCCCUGGAAAACACAGGGGAAAAAAAAAAAAAAACAGAAAAAAAAAGAGGAAAUCUGGAAUGCUGCCAGCAUUCCAGGGCUGGAAUUUUGGGGGCUCAGUUUGGAAAUGCCCAACGUGGCUCCCAGUGAAAGUCCUGCUGCUUGGUGGCAAGAGAGCACAAAAAAUUCCUCUUUUUUUUUUUUUUUUUUUAGAAAAAAAGCACAUUCCCAGCCUAUAACCGCAAUAAUUCCCAGGCGUUGGGAGGGUUUUGUAAAUCCGAAGGGGUGGCUGAGAUUUUGGGGGGAGGGGUUUAACCCUGACCUGGGGGCUCGCGGGUGGAUUUCCAGCCCAGGAGAAAAUCCCGUUUUUUCUGGCGCCUUGCCCAGAGCCGCGUCUGUGGCGUGGCCGCCUCCGUUCCCCCGCUGGAAUUUGCACUAAUAUUUAGGGAUUUGUAGGAAAACCACGAUGUCAAACCUCUCUGGUAGCUGUAAAUGCCAAAUAGCACUCACAGGGAUGCCUGAGGACCUCGAGCCUCUCGAGGGGUGCCGGGUGGGAAAGGGGGGCAGGCAGGAGGAGGGAGAGGCAGAAAUAAAGAGGAUUUCGGUUUUCCAAAUCCAUUUUCCAGCAGGAAAUUAUCCUGGUGAAACCACCACCAGCAGCUGGAAAAACCUCUUUCCUCACAGGCUAAACCAGCAAUACCCAUUUUAUACCUCGAUGUGAACUAAACCUCUGACUUUCCCCAUUUCCCUUUGAGUUUUUGCAAUGCAUCUUUGUAAUUUUUUUUUUUUAAUUUUAAUUUUAAUUUUAAUGGUACCUUUUCCACCUUUAACUUGUGCUGGGGAAAGUGUUGUACAACGAGAGGAGCUUUUGAUAUGUUUGAAGGAUGAUUGUGGCACUGCUGCGUGGAUUAACAAGGAAAUAAAGUAAAAGAUGUAGCAACUUAA